UUGCUAACGCCCAUCUGCCAGCUUCUCUUCCUCGGUGGAUUCGGAGGAGCCGCGGCAACCUCGGCCUCCGGCGUCUCUGGCAAACUGACGCGGGGGUGGCGGCCGGGAUGGUGAUGCUGGACUUACUGCAGGCGGGCGGGUCAGUGCUGGAGCAGGCGAUGGAGCAGGUAACGGGCGGCAACCUCCCAUCCAUGCUGCUCAUCGCCUGCGCCUUCACGCUCAGUCUGGUGUACCUGCUCCGCCUUGCGGUUGGCCACCUGGCCCCACCACUGCCGGCUGGGGCGAAAAGUCCACCAUACAUUGUCUCUCCAAUUCCAUUCCUUGGACAUGCUAUAGCAUUUGGGAAAAGUCCAAUUGAAUUCCUAGAAGAUGCAUAUGAGAAGUAUGGACCCGUAUUUAGUUUUACCAUGGUGGGCAAGACGUUUACUUACCUGCUGGGGAGUGAGGCUGCUGCACUGCUUUUUAAUAGUAAAAAUGAAGACUUGAAUGCCGAGGAUGUCUACAGUCGUCUGACAACACCUGUGUUUGGGAAGGGAGUUGCCUAUGAUGUGCCUAAUACAGUUUUCUUGGAGCAGAAGAAAAUGUUGAAAAGUGGUCUUAACAUAGCCCACUUUAGACAGCAUGUUUCUAUAAUUGAAAAAGAAACAAAAGACUACUUUAAAAGUUGGGGAGAAAGUGGAGAAAAGAAUUUGUUUGAAGCUCUUUCUGAGCUCAUAAUUUUAACAGCCAGCCAUUGUUUACAUGGGAAGGAAAUCAGAGGUCAACUCAACGAGAAGGUGGCACAACUGUAUGCGGAUUUGGAUGGAGGUUUUAGCCAUGCAGCCUGGCUUUUGCCAGGCUGGCUCCCUCUGCCUAGUUUCAGACGCAGGGACAGAGCUCAUCGGGAGAUCAAGAAUAUUUUCUACAAGGCAAUCCAGAAACGCAGAGAGUCAGCAGAAAAAAUUGAUGACAUUCUCCAAACUUUACUAGAGUCUACUUACAAGGAUGGGCGUCCUCUGACGGAUGAUGAAAUAGCAGGCAUGCUUAUUGGACUGCUCUUGGCAGGGCAGCAUACUUCUUCAACCACUAGUGCCUGGAUGGGCUUCUUUUUGGCCAGGGACAAAACACUUCAAGAAAAAUGUUUUUCAGAACAGAAGACAGUCUGUGGCGAGAAUCUGCCUCCUCUGACUUAUGACCAGCUCAAGGAUCUCAAUUUACUUGAUCGCUGUAUAAAAGAAACAUUAAGACUUCGACCUCCUAUAAUGACCAUGAUGAGACUGGCCAAAACUCCUCAGACUGUGGCAGGGUAUACCAUUCCUCCAGGACAUCAGGUGUGUGUUUCUCCUACUGUCAAUCAGAGACUUAAAGACUCAUGGGUAGAGCGUCUGGACUUUAAUCCUGAUCGCUACUUAGAGGAGAGUCUAGCAUCAGGAGAGAAGUUUGCUUAUGUGCCAUUUGGAGCUGGGCGUCAUCGUUGCAUUGGGGAGAAUUUUGCCUAUGUUCAAAUCAAGACAAUUUGGUCCACUAUGCUUCGUUUAUAUGAAUUUGAUCUCAUUGAUGGGUAUUUUCCCACUGUGAAUUAUACAACUAUGAUUCACACCCCUGAAAACCCAGUUAUCCGAUACAAACGAAGAUCAAAAUGAAAAAGGCAGCAGGGAACUAAAAUCUGAACAUCUGUAAACUGCGAAAGCACUGAAGAGAAUGAAGUUUAUGAUACAACUCCCAGUAUGCUUUUUUUUUUUUUGAGUUUGUAAUUUUAAAUAAAGUUUAUUUAAGCUUA